AUGCCACCAAAAUUCGACCCAACCGAGAUCAAGAUUGUUUAUUUGCGUUGUGUUGGUGGCGAAGUUGGAGCCACUUCAGCGCUUGCUCCAAAAGUCGGACCCCUUGGUUUGUCGCCAAAGAAGGUGGGUGACGACAUCGCGAAGGCCACUCAAGACUGGAAGGGAUUGAAAGUCACAUGCAAACUCACCAUCCAAAAUCGUAAUGCAAAGAUCGAUGUGGUCCCAUCGGCUGCUUCGCUUCUAAUCAAAGAAUUGAAAGAGCCACCGCGCGAUCGGAAGAAGGUCAAAAACGUGAAACAUAACGGUGAUCUCACGAUCGAUACGAUUAUCAAGAUUGCUCGAAUUAUGAGGCCAAGAUCGAUGGCCAAGAAGCUUGAAGGAACUGUGAAGGAAAUUCUCGGAACAGCUCAAUCGGUGGGAUGCACAAUUGAUGGCCAACAUCCCCAUGACACAAUUGAUGCGAUUAACAGCGGUGAUAUUGAAGUCCCAGCAGAG